AAUCAUCAGAUCCAACGCAGCGCUUCCUUGUUGCUAGCAGAAGUAAAUAAAAAAAGGUGGAAGUUGCAGAUAAAAAUAAUCGUGGAUUUCGCCAGUUAUCUGGAAAAAAUGCCCCGUGGAAGCGAAAUCCCCGAAGGCAUCAGGUCGACAGCUGUUGAUCUGCACAAAGCUGGAAAGGGCUACAAGUUCAUUUCAAAGACUUUAGAGAUUCCUCCUUCCACGGUGAGGAGCAUUAUCGUUAAGUGGAAACGGUUUAACACCGUAGCCACGCUGCCGCGGAGUGGGAGACCCUCGAAGGGGAAUCCGAGAAGGAAACGGAAAGAAAAGCUGGAUGAGGCUGAUCCUGCUGGUCCUGCUAGUGAAAAAGGUGGCGACCCUGAUAAGCCGGAUCUCCUCAGCAAGGUGCUGUUUGCGGCUGGAAACACCGACUCCAACUCCACAGACUCCAAACCUUCAAAGGAAGAGCUGGCGUCAUCCAGACCAACUCUCCACAGCAGAGAUAAAGAAAUGAGAGACUUGAACAGCAGCUGUGAAGAGGGCGACAACACGGGACGGUCCGACUCUGACGAAGAAGAUCCGAUGUCCAGUUUCCUGUUUGCCAGAUCAACAGGGGAAGCAGAGGACCAUGAAAGGGUUGAUCAUCCUGGACGAGCUUGUGACACAGAAGAUCCAGAUGAGUCCCAGAAGGAUGAAAGCACUGUUGAAGAAGACGGCGACGCAGAACCGUCGGAUACAGACGAAGAAGAUCCGCUGGCCAGUUAUCUUUCUGGAAGAGCAAGAGAAGGGACAGAAGAACAUCCACAACAUGAAAAGCGUAAACAUUCAGCUUCAUGUGACGACACACCAGAAGACGAUCCCAUGGAGCAGAUUUUUGACCCAAACUUUGACAAUGAGAAGAAGAUUUACGCCGGUUCUUCGGUCAGUGUGAGAGCGCUCCUCCUCCUCCUGCUGGCCUUCAUCCUGAAGCACGACUUGUCGAAAGCAGCCACCAAAGACCUCCUGGCCCUCCUCAAUCUCAUGGUGCCUGGAUGCAUUCCCAGCUCUCUGCACUUCAUAAAGAAACAUUUGACUGACAUUGACAAGAAGACGGAGAUCCACUUAUACUGUCCCAGGUGUGAAAACUACCUCGGCGUAGAGCCUGGGACCGAGUGCGGAGUGUGUCAGCAGCGCUUGAGCAAAAAAAGUCUGCUUGAAAAGGCAAACUACUUCCUGGUGUUGCCUCUAGAAAACCAACUGAGGAAGGUCCUCAAACGCCUUCACUCAAAGCUGGGGAAGCAUUUUACAAAGGAGGAUUACGCUUGACGUCAACACCGGUGGUGAAUAUAAGCACGAAGAGCAGGAGGGCAGUAUCACACUUACCUUCACAUGUGACAGCUCUCCUCUUCUCAACUCAUCCAAGUUUUCAGUCUGGCUCAUCCUGUGCACGAUCAAUGAACUUCCGUACGUGGAGCGGUGUAAAAACGUUCUGCUGCACACGUUGUGGUUCGGCAAAGGAAAGCCGCUGCUUCAGUGUUUCUUUACGCCGUUCAUUAACGAGCUUCAUAAACUCUCUCACGAGGGCUUCACUUGGGAAGACGAGAGCGGACUAGAGCUUAACACCAGCGUGAUGGCGAAAAUCUGCGUCUGCGAUUCAGUGGUGAGGUCAGCGGUGCAGAACUUUCAGCCGUUCAGUUCGGAGUUUGGUUGCGGGUUCUGCUACCACAAAGGAGAGCUGGUUCAGAAGGGUCGGGGUCACACCAGAGUCUAUCCGGUUCAGGUUGACGGAUGUGACCUGCGGCACAUGGCUGAGACGGAGCAACUGGCCAUCGUAGUGAUUGAGAACGGAUAUCCACAAGGUCAAAUGGGUGUCAAAGGUCACAGUCCGCUGCUUCUGCUGCCUUCGUUUGAUGUUGUCAAAGGUUUUAUCCCAGAUUACAUGCACUGUGUUUGUCUUGGGGUUGUUCCUGAGUUUGUCAAUCUUUGGUUGGAUCCUCUUUAUGGCAGAAAGCCCUUCCACCUUUCACCUCAGAGUUUGAAGAACCUGGACAAAGCUUUGUCUGCCAUCCAACCUCCUGAUGAGAUCAGACAAAGACCUCGGCGUCUCAGUGAGAGGAUGCAUUGGGAGGCAUCCGAGUGGCGAGCGUUUGCUCUUCUCUACUCUCCUGUAAUACUGAGGAAGGUUUUACCAAACCUGUACUACAAACACUGGAUGCUUCUCAUUUCAUCACUUCACAUCCUGCUCUCCCAGUUUGCCUCCCAGGAGGAGAUCAGCUGUGCAGAGCUGUGCCUGGUUCAGUUCGUCUCCCAGGUACCGUCUCUGUACGGACUUGAGCAUUGCUCAUUUAACUGCCACUUGCUGAUGCAUCUCACUGACUGUGUCCGUAACUGGGGACUACUGUGGGCCAACUCCGCCUUCAUCUUUCAGGGUGUCCACAGGCGACUCCUGCAGAUGUACUCCAGGGCUCAGUCUGCGCCAUCCAACAUCUUCAAACAGAUAGUUUCCUAUGAUGAGAUUAUUAUAAAAGGAAGCGAUGUUCUGAAGAAUGCUAGUACAGAAAUCACAGACCUGUUUUCUUCCAUGACAAGCUGUGGUAUCCUUACCAAAUCAUCCAACUGCAUCAGUGAAGAUGUGUUUACUUUGGGAUGUGGAUCUCAGAGAUCUCUAACUGUGAGAGAACUUGCUGCAUUGCAGAGCAAGGAUACACGGCCCGUUACUGAAUACGCACGUUUUGUCUACAAAGACAUGCUGGUCACCUCUUUGGACUACAGCAUCUCUUCCAAAAGGAACAACUCAAUCAUAGAAACGACCAACGGUUUUGUUCUUGUAGAGUCCGUGGUGGUCGUGGAGAAGCAUUGCAGCUGUGAGAGAUCGUCUGACUGCUCCUGUAGAGAACUGGUUGCUUUCUGCAGAAAACUGCUUCCCUCCAACUCCCAACCAACAAUCCAGAAUGAGCAGAUCAACAGAAACAUUGCAGAGUUCCUCAUAAGAGUGAGGAGUUCAGAUGAACUGUGCGCAGUGACAUGUCAGGACAUUGUCGCGAAAUGUUUUGUGAUGGAGCAGAAGGGUCGGCUAUAUGUCAUGAGAAUGCCAAUGUUGUAAGUGUUCCUUUCCCUUGUCAUGUAGUUUGUUGUGUUUCCACAUUCACACAGGAGUUGUGUGAUAAGCUUAUUUUCUGUGAGAUGAUUAAGUAUUUAGUAAAUUGAACCAUCCUGCAUUUUUAGCAGUGUUGGCUUGUUCACAUGGUGAGUUCAAGAUGCUCUACCAGAAAGAAGUACAUUUCAGUACAUGGCUUUUACCUUUCUAAGAAGUUUUAUCUGCCUCUGUUCCAUUGUCAAUUCAGCAGAAGGCACCAAUUUCCGGAGUGCUGUCCUGGUCUCCAGACUUCUAUUGACUUUUCAUGGAAAACUUCUUAGAAAUUGAAUUGAAUUUUAUGGAUUCUGUGCCUUCAGCAUACGCAUAAGACAGAUCUAGUAAGUGUAAUCAGUUCUGUCACUGAUAUGUUUUCCAUUCAAUCCCUUCAGUUGUGAAGAAAAAAAUAUCAAAAGAAUCUGGACCAAAGAUAAAAUUUUAACAUCAAAUCAGUUUCCACCAAAGGUAUAUAACCAAGGUUUCUUACUGAGAGACUGUGUGGAAAAUCUACCUGGAACCUUAUGCAGCUCACCUUGAUCAAGUAACGAUAUGCAACACCCAUCUGAAAAGGUCAAGGAACUUAAGUCGUCCAGUACCUUUAUAGACAGUUUGCUGAAGUCUAUAGUGUCUCAUCCGGUGAUAGUUGCCACCCAGUUGCAUCGCAAGAGUGAGAUCUACAAAAACCUUUGUGCAACUCAUUGAUUCAAACAACCCUGCAGACUUUGUUGACUUAGCGGUAUCCUUGGGUAAGGUCUUUGAUGAGUGUUUUGAAGGAGUAACAAAAGAUGUUCAGCACAAGCUGCUAAGAGCAAAUGCUACCGGAUGUCAGAAAGUUGGUUUGUAGCCAUCCAAGCACAUCUUGUAUGUGCUGAGAAAUAUUGACGUUCAUCUUGAAGUCAAAGAGUUUGAUCUCCAGUUUGGUGUCAAGUGUAAAGCCGUCAGAAAGACAGUAAGCUGAACUAAGUCUGAGGGCAUAGUUCUCAACUGGAAGAAGAUCGAGCACUCCCACCGCGUUGGGGCAGAGUGUACCACAAGGAGAGAAGUUUAACCAUGUUGAUGUCUUGUUCACAAGUAAUGAUAGGAUGGAGCAAGAGAUAGACAUACACACACUGGUACUACUUGAGUCUGUUGCAGAGAUUCAGAAUAUGUAUCAUGAUUGAAUUUGGAGAAGAGCCUUGCUCCUGUUUUGAUUGGAGUACAUCUGAAUUGCCUCCAUUUGGAGGUUGUCUGGACAUGUCCUAUUGGGAGGAAGCUGCAGAGCAGAACCAGAAUUUGGUGGAGGGUCUGUAUGUCCCUUUUGACCUGUGAACCCCUUGGGAUACUGCAGAAUGGGUUUGAGAGAGGUGCCAGAACCUCAGUGACCCAACCUCUGAUAAAUAGAAGGCAGAGUAUGAAUUGAACGACUGAACACCCAAUGGUGUGGAGUGAGAACAAGCAUGAACAACUUCUAAGCUGAUUAUGCUGCAAACCACUUCUAGCAUACCAAUAGUGAGAGAUUUCUUACCUGAGGAAUGGACAUUGUUUUCACUGGAUCACUCAAACGUACCAACAUUUCUAAUGAAAUCCUUGCAAAAAGGGAGUUUGCUCAUUGGAUGGACUUAAAGAGAACUAAAAUGACACGUAUGGCUUUGUGAGGAUGAUGCCUUCCAGUGUUUUCUCCGGCUGUUUCAUAAAAUCCCAGGUCCCAUCGAUAUGCUGUGCCGGGAGGUAUAGAAAGACACUGAUAAAGUCUUGAUUAAACACACCCUCCAGAGCUUCUCAAGCCAUCUGGGGUCAUUAAGGUACUCAUCACAACAGCAGCAGGAGGAAAAAACAGGCUAUUUGACAAGAUCUAUACCACAAUUCUGGUUAAUGCCAAAGAAGCUUCUUCUUGUUUGACCACUAGCAGUCUUGUUGGACAGAAGUGCUUAGGACAUGAAUUCAAAAGGUGCUGGUUUGGAUCCGGUUCUACAGAGAAUUCAACAUUCUCACUAACUUCUCAUGAUGGCAGCUGAAGUUGAGAGAUUUCUCAAGAAUAAAGAUGGUCCUUUGUAUUGCAUCAGGCUAAGAGUGUCUCAUCCAUAGACAUGAAUACUUAGACGCCUCAUUGAGCCUGAGUCCUACGUUACGUCACCGCCAUCUUGUAUGUGGCAGUCGAGCGAUCGGAGCUCCCUGAGUCCUGUGCUGAGUGGACUUGUUUCAACCGUUUUACAAUACAAACUGGAUUCAUUGGCAUUACCUUUCACAGGUAAGGAUGAAAGAGCAGAAUUACUUGACUUUGCAGCCAGAAACUCACUUCUAAAUAGGGUGACCAGACGUCCUCUUUUUCCCGGACAUGUCCUACUUUUCAGACCUAAAAAAAUGUCCGGGGGGAAUUUCAAAAUCGUCCGGGAUUUUGGUCAACUGCCUCAAAACUGCCGAUUCAACGAUUUCUAAAUAUAUUAGUGUGUGUGAGAAAAUGUGUCAAUGACAGGUAUUAACUUAAAAUACUUUGUAGAACAGCACUUUCUAAAGUUCAGUCCAUUUACUUGUAUUAACUUUCUGUCACAGGUCACAUUCAAUAUGGCGGACGCGUUGACGUAUCGCAGCAACGGGCCGACCCGCUCUAUGAGGCGUCUACAUAUUCAUGUCUAUGGUCUCAUCAAUAGGUCGAUUAUUGAUCACCUUGCUGCUUUCAAAGAGAGACAGGCACACGUCUCUCUCUCACAAGUGUUAAAUGAUUACUGUACCACAUGUAUGUACCUAUGUAAGUAUGGUGCAUGUUUCAGUUUUCCUUUUCUUCAGGAACUUGUAAAAAGAUUGUAAAUUAUGAUACCAUAUUCCAGUGUUUUAAUGUUUACGUACUUCAACCUUUGUUUCCAUUGUACUUUAUCAAUCAGAUGCUGCUUUUUACGCCACGUUACGUUGUUCACGUACAUUGGUGAUCUUUUUUUUACGAACAUUUGAUGACUGCCCUUUUUAUAACUAAUGUUCCUGUUAAAAUGAAAUCUGUGUGAAGUUUGUUGUGGUUGUUUUGACCUGGGAUCAUCUUGUUCUUCUGUUUGCGGUUUUAAAUGUUAAAAAAAAAAGCUGUAACUGGCGGUGUUAAGCUAUGUCAGAUUCCCCAGGUUUGAUCUCGCUCCAGUAAAAUGCUGUAUGGUUGUAUCCUUCUUAAAUAUCAAAAUUAUGUUGCAUUGUUAGUGUAUUGUGAAACAUUUGUGUACUUUAUAUUAACUCCAAUGUAACUUUAACGAUGUUUACAAUGUUUUCAGUGAAGAACUGUAAAUAUAUUGUUUUAAAUC